AUGACCACGGAGCGAUCUUAUCAGGAAGUAUUUGCCUGGUCGAAAGAGGAUGAGGAACUGGUGAAGUUUUGCUCCCAAAGGAGUAGCACCCUUCCUGCCAUCGUUCUCGUCACUGAGGGAUACUUCGGUUUGUUUUACAUAUACAACUUUGAGAAACAAAAGCGCUUGAUAACGAAAGACAGUCAGGGAAGGACAUUCAGCAUUCCUUUGAGCUGCCCUGUCAAGUUCUUCCACCUUGACAAGCCUGACCCCAACAUGGCUACAAGAUCUAAACCACAAACAUUAUUCCAAAUCCAUGAAGAGUGGCAGAAAGAUGUAAACCGGAAGUGGAUUAUCGCAGAGGGAAACAUGGAUCUGACCUACAACAUCGACGCCAGGAUCCACGGGAAGGAAAAGUUGGGAGUUCUGGAGUUGAUGGAUGUCUUUAACUUGAGCUACGCACUGACUCAUGCUAUUAGCGAAGCCGGUAUAGACACGAUAAGUACCGCAAUACCAGACUACAUGAAUAUAAAUGUGUCAAAAGCCGAGGGUUUUGUCUGCGGCACUAAAGAGGAGUAUCUCGUUUGGAUGAGGAAGCUCGCCAGUCUGGUUGAAACUUUUGUACACAAUAGUACUGAACUGUGUGAAGAAAUAAUAUUAUUCGAGAAGUACCAGUACAACGUAAAUGGCUACCAGCAUUACGAGUACAUCAGGGUGGGCAGAGCUGGAGUUGGUGCGGUCAAUACUAACUACGUCAAAUUACACGAAGAAUUAAACGUCGACAUGGUACCGCCGGAAGGAAAAGCACCCCCGAUUCCCCCUAAAAGCAUCCUCUCAACUUCGGAUCAAACAAAACGCCAGCAACACGGAAUGGGACGCCAGCAACAGGGAAGAUUUGAGUACUCCUUCGAUGGCAGAUCCGUCCAACUUCCGUGCUUCCCUAUCAAUUACUCUUUCGCGGGCAAAUCCAAGGGGGGCAGACGUAGGCUGAAGACCCCACCCCCUCUUCCUGAUGAUGAUGUUAACAUCAACAACGACAACAUCCGUAACAACAUCAACAACCAAAACAUCAUCAACAACAACCAAAAUAUCAACAACAUCCAUUACAACAACGGCAACAGACUUAACUUUAACAGCAACAACAACAACAAACAAAACAUCCACAGCAACAACAUCCGUAACAACAACAUUAACAAUAACAAAAUUAUCAGCUAUAUUAACAACAACAACAACAUUAAUAAUAAUGUUAAAAGCAACAGCUUUAGUAACAUCAACGACAAAAACAGUAGUAACGUCAACAACAACAGCACCAAUAACAACAACCACAACAAUAACAACGUAACAUCAUCUCGACAACAAAACAACAACGAAAUCGACUAUAAUAACAACACCAUCAACCAUGUUUACGAAGAAAUUGACAUUAACAAAUACAACAACAUCAACAACAACAUCAUCAAAAACAACAACAACAAAACAAAUACACCAGAAUAUAGAGAGCCAAUAGCAGUUGUGUGCUCAAAAGUUGCAAACCCAUCAGCCACUUACAAGAGAAAUAACAGCCAUGAUGGUAAUCAAAACAACAACAUCAACAACAACAACAACAUCAACAACAACAUCAACAACAACAACAACAUCAACAACAACAACAUCAGCAACAACAAUAAUUCCAACAAUCAAGAUAACAUCAACAACAACAUUAAUUCUCCAACAAAAACGCCAAGCUGGAAUGAGGUAUCAACGAUCGAAAUUAUCCACCUCCUGAAGAUAAUGGGAUUUGACGAGAGGAGGAAAUGCUUGGAAAAAUUUAUGGAUGAAAAGAUUAAUGGUGAUUUGUUACUUAAUAUUUUGGAUGAAAUUUCCUUGGUGAAUGACUUUGGAUUUACUGGCGACGAAGCCGGGAUAGAAGGUUUUUUUUCAAUAUGUAAUUAA